AGAAGAAGAAACUGUAUCAUGGUUCACACCAAUGGUUAGAUGUGAACAUUAUAAAACGUAUCAAACCCGCAGCGGUACCAGAGGGCUGCUGACCGGGAAGUAAACCGGACACUUAACAGAGAGCAAAGAACUGCAGAGAGGGCUGUUGGAAAGCAGAAGUGGACUUUGCUCUAGAGAUAAUGUCCGACGACAAAAGCGCGUGUGCCAAAGGCUUCACCGAUGACGCCAUUCACGUUGAUGUCAAGGAUUAUUAUGGCAAGGUGCUGAAAAGCUCUUCAGACCUGAAGACCAAUGCCUGUGUGGCUCCAUCCAAGCCCAUUCCCCCCUUCAUCCGCCAGGCUUUAAAGAAAGUGCACCCUGAAGUCACUGCCAGGUACUAUGGCUGUGGUCUGGUGGUGCCAGAGUGCCUGGAGGGCUGCAGGAUACUGGACCUGGGCAGUGGAAGUGGGAGGGAUUGCUACAUGCUGAGUGAUCUGGUUGGUGAGAAGGGUCAAGUCAUUGGCAUUGACAUGACAGAGGACCAGCUUGAAGUGGCUCGGGCAUAUGUGGACUAUCAUACCAAAGAAUUUGGCUACAAGACGCCCAACAUCAGUUUUGUUCAGGGCUACAUCGAGGCCCUAACAGAGGCAGGAAUAGAAAAGAACUCAUUUGAUAUCGUUAUUUCCAACUGUGUGGUGAACCUCUCUCCAGACAAGAGAAGAGUCCUGGCUGAAGCCUACAGUGUGCUCAAGGAUGGCGGUGAGCUGUACUUCAGUGAUGUCUACAGCAGUGGAAGACUAACAGACGAGAUUAAAAAUCACAAAGUCUUGUGGGGUGAGUGUUUGGGCGGAGCUCUCUGGUGGAAAGAUCUGCUUCAGCUGGCUGAAGAGGUUGGCUUUAGUCCACCACGUCUAGUUUCAGGAAGUGUCAUCACUGUCGACAACAAAGAACUGCAAGAUGUUCUAGGUGACUACAAGUUUGUCUCUGCUACCUACCGCCUGUUCAAGGUCCCUAAAGGAAACCCUAAGUCCUGUCAGGUCAUAUACAAUGGGAACAUUACAGGAGUGGAGGAAAUCUUUGAGUUUGACUGUCAGUACAAGUUCAAGGCGGGCGAAGUGGUGGAGGUUGAUGGAGAGCUGGCCACAAUCCUGACCAGCUCCAGAUUUAAGGACGACUUCACUUUCAAGCCACCCGAGAGCCCCUGUGAACCCUGUGUGGCCAAAAUUAAGGCCGCUGUUGUGGAUCCUUUCGAGCUGGCCGCACAGCUGGAGAAACAGCGUCCAGCCACAGGGGGGAGCUGCAGCACAAAUACUUCCUGCUGCAGCACAAAGUCUUCUUCCUGCUGCAAAUGAUGUUUGGAGGAGCACUGUGAUAUUCAGGCCCUGCAUCAUAAAGUGAAUGCGAAACAUCAUUAACUCAAGUGGCUUAAUUAUGCCUUGUGCUUUGUCAUUGUGAUGUCUGUCUGAGCAUUUUAGGUGAUAUAUAUAAAUCUGUAGGUACUCAUUAACUUGUGAUUUGCAGAUUUUAUGCACACAGUCCCAAGUAAAACCUCAUUUUUCAUUAAACUGUAUUAAAAAUUUUUUUUAAAUCUAAAUCAAACAGUGUAUCGACUUUGUAUAAAGGCGUGACAGCAAUCCCUCAAAAUUUAAAAUAUGAAGUAUUGAUCAGUUUUACACAUUUUAAGAUACUGUGUUAUGCACUCUAAAGGGCAGUCUUUUUCCCAUAAUGUACCUAAAGUUUGACUGAUCCCAUUCACACCUUUAAUAGGAUGUUUCCUGUUGUUGCCUUAACAAAUGACCCUACUGUUGUAAUAAUCGUAAUUAUAUUAGAUUUGUAAUGCAGCAUUUGAUUGAUUUGCACUAUUAUGAGCUAUGCAGCAUCAUUCUAAUGAAAAUCAGUGUUUUAACUGAUGUUUGUACUAAUUAUUUUUAAAGAGCCACAAAUUUAGCAAAUAAAACAGCUAUGCCUUUAUUUGAAAA